ACGAGAUGAAGAGCCUGUCACCACCAGACUGCACAGUGUUUCUCGACCAGGUCAUCCAGAAUGGCAGAAUCAAGCACGAGUUCUCUGCCUUCACUCUUCCGUGAAUUUGCAGGUCUCUCAACAUCCCCUCGUAAGAACCGAAGCGAUCAAUCUAUGAAAGAACCCGACUUUUCAUCCGGUUUUGGCAGAUGGAAAUCCAGCUUCACCAAGAAGAAAAGACCCAAAGAAUCUCACAGACAUCGACAGAAAUUCAGGAGCGACGAUGAGGAUAUUGAAACUGUGAAGGAGGAGCGAGACUAUGAGCGCAAACGGCUCCGACGGGCAUUGCGGGAGCUGGAGGAGUUACGACGGGACCGGGAUGAGCUUGACGGCCAGCGGCACAAAGCAACCACGGAUUUGAAAAGGCUACGAAAAGAAGAUCAAAUGAAAAAGAAGAAACUAGAAGAGUACAGAUUACGGUUUCAGGAUCAAGAAAAGACAUCGGACCGUCUUCGCGCGCAUCUCCAGUCAUUACGCAAGGAAGCGGCGGACAAGGAUAAAAGAAUUGAUCAGCUGACCAGGGACGAGGCUAGCUCGAGGUCCAAAACUCAGAGACUUCGUGACAAACUCAAACGAGAGCGGGAGGAGGUUUCAAGGUUACAGGAUGAUAUCUCUGAUCUGAGGACGCAACAGAACCCUGUCACAGAUGCUCGAGACACCGCCACAGCUCUCAGAAUUUUGCGAAAGAAUCACGAUGAGCUUGGCAGACAAUACGAAGCUUCCCAGGAGGAUCUGAAGGCUCUCAAAGCAGACAUUGCCCAACUUGAAAACGACUAUACGCGGGUCAGAAUCGAGAGAGACGAUUCCAAGCAGCAGAUGAUCCAAGUACAAGCUCAGAAUACUAUUCAAGCACAAGACAUUGAGGACCUGACAAAGUCGAAGGUUGACCUUGAGAAGACUCGGGAUGUGGUUCAACCAAUUCUACAAAUCGGUGUGGACAUCCGAUUGCGAAAUUUAGAGUCAGCGAGGGAAUGCCUCCUCAAGAUCAAACAAGCGGAGAAAGAUAGGGCAAUUAUACUUAGCGGUAACGUUGCUGCGCAUCGACCCAAUGGAGCUGUCGACGCUGCACUCUUUUGGGCUGGGUUGGUGCCAGAAGACUACCUUCCUGAAGCCACCAGAACCUUUAAGAAGAUGUACCAAGUCUCGCCAGAGAACUAUGGCUGCUGGAGUCCCAUGGUACUUCGUAUGAUUGACUGCCAGGCUACGAUUGCCACCGUUCAGGUACAGCAUCAAUUCAAGAAGUUCGAUACUUCACACCUGAGGGACGAGCACGAACGACUACACAAUUACCUCGUGUCUCGUCAGAAAAGACUUUCUCCAGAAGAGUUCGAGGUUGAUGAGAAGGCGAAAAAGUUGCUUGCCAAGAUUGAGGUCAUCAUGGAGGAGAUAGUGGACUUGAGUCGAGGCAAGGGCAAAGGACGGAAGAAGUCCCAAGCUUUUGAAUACAUCGAGAGCGAAGACGAAGAAAUUAUAUCCAAGCCUGGAAAACAGGACACAGGAGUUCGGGUGGAAAAUGAUGAGAAUGACAAGGCUGGAGAUAGUUCUGAGACCAUUUCGGAUGAGGAUGAAGACUCUUCCGAAGAGGAUAGUGAUUCUUCUGACGAAAGUGUGUCCUCGGAAGAGAAUGAGAAUUCGGAAGAUGAUAUUGAUUGAAGCGGGGAAGAUGAUCGUGGGAGGUCUGAGACUGAGAGUGGGAAUAACGACUUGACGGAUUAUGGAAAAAGACACGAAGAUUGCGAUUGGAAUAGCAUUGAAGAUACCCUGUCCUCACGAGGAGCCUUAUUCAAAUAGCGUUUUAUGAGUGUUUGGAAUUCUUCGCAUUGAAAGGAUGAAGAUGUCGAGGAGUUUUAGACUGGCUGGUAUAGCCCAUGAAGUUUAUUCAACUCAGAUGAUAAAA